CAGUGUUAAAGUGUUAAAUUCUUACUUGUGCAAAUAGUAAAUAUCAAAAAAUGACUGGUCGCGGCAAAGGUGGUAAAGGUUUGGGAAAAGGUGGUGCCAAACGCCAUCGCAAAGUUUUACGUGAUAACAUCCAAGGUAUCACUAAACCAGCUAUUCGACGUUUAGCUCGUCGUGGUGGUGUAAAACGUAUAUCUGGUUUGAUAUAUGAAGAAACUCGUGGUGUUUUAAAAGUAUUUUUGGAGAAUGUUAUCCGUGAUGCAGUUACCUAUACUGAACAUGCCAAAAGGAAAACAGUUACAGCUAUGGAUGUUAUUCUUACUUGUGCAAAUAGUAAAUAUCAAAAAAUGACUGGUCGCGGCAAAGGUGGUAAAGGUUUGGGAAAAGGUGGUGCCAAACGCCAUCGCAAAGUUUUACGUGAUAACAUCCAAGGUAUCACUAAACCAGCUAUUCGACGUUUAGCUCGUCGUGGUGGUGUAAAACGUAUAUCUGGUUUGAUAUAUGAAGAAACUCGUGGUGUUUUAAAAGUAUUUUUGGAGAAUGUUAUCCGUGAUGCAGUUACCUAUACUGAACAUGCCAAAAGGAAAACAGUUACAGCUAUGGAUGUUGUGUACGCUUUAAAGAGACAAGGCCGUACUUUAUACGGUUUCGGCGGUUAA